GACUUUAUGAAAGUGUCAUGAAGUGGGUAUUAUAUAUGUAGUGUAAAAAAAAUUUACACUUUAAAAUACAGUUGACUUUAUACAUAAAUUAAAUCAUUGUACCUAGAAAAAAAAUCAUAAAUUUAAACAGGCAUAGCUAUUACUACUUCCAAAGUUUGUCUACUAGUAUUACUUACUCAAUUUAUUCAGAUUGUGUUUAGAUUAUUUGUUUGUCUUUGGUGAGGUUUUCUGAGAACAGAUAAGAUGCAACUUGAUCUGGAAUCAUUGUCUGAAGCUAUUUCUGGUGCUAUUGGAGCCCUUGUUAGCACAGCCGUUUUUUACCCACUUGAUACUUGCAAAGCUAAAUAUCAAGCUGAAGUUCAAGCUCAACAUCAAAGAAAAUACAGGAAAAUUUCUGAUGUUUUAUGGGAAGCAAUUUCUAAACAUCGGGUGCUUUCAUUGUACCAAGGCCUUGGGACAAAAAGUUUAUAUUCCUUAAUUAUGCCAUUUAUUUAUUUCUAUGCAUACAGCUACUUUAAGAAACUACAUUUGAAAAAAAAUGGAAACAAGAACAUUGGAGCAACAGCAAACUUGAUUGCCGCUACUAUGUCAGGCGUCUGUACUGUACUAAUAACACAGCCCUUAGAUACAGCAUCCUUGCGGAUGCAGACAAGUGAAUUUGGAAAAUCCAAGGGACUCUGGCAGACCUUAUCAGAGGGUACCUUGAGCAAGGCAUAUGAUGGUCUUGCCAUAACUAUUCUUUUAUCAAUGAACGUAUCUAUUCAGCUUACUGUGUUCGAUCAGCUGAAACACAGACUACUAAAGGGCAAGAUGAGCAAAAAAACAGAUGCAAAGUCAGCCCCGGAAUCACUUUCUGCAUUUUCUGCUUUCAUGCUGGGUGCAGUUUCAAACUGUGCUGCUACAUGCUUGACAUAUCCAGUCUUCAGGUGUAAAGUAAUGAUUCAGACCGCAGAUUCAUAUGAUAAUAAGAGUACCGAAGCUGAAAGAAAGGCGCAGAAGACGAUCUCUGGAGCACUCUAUACAAUUUGGAAAAGAGAAGGUUUGCUGGGAUUUUUCAAUGGAUUGCCAGCACAGAUAGUGAGAAGUGUUCUCGGCUCUGCAUUACUUCUGAUGGUAAAGGAGAAGAUCACAAAGUCAACAUGGAUUCUGAUGCUCAAGAUUGGAAGAUACUUGUCUGUCAAUCCCUCCAAAUUGAAAGCAUCUUGAAUUUGUGAUGAAUAUAUAUAAGAGACAAUUCACCUUCAGGCUUCAUUAAAUAAUCGAUGAAUUUGGUCUCUUGUAAAAAGGACCGGAGAGAGUAUUAUAAAUAAUUUCUCAUUCAAGGACAUGCUAAAAAAUAAGGAUCGAACAAGACAACUUUAGUUGGACUGUGUUUGAUUUUAAAGCCGUUACUUAGAACGGACAAAAAAUUGAACUUUUUGUCCCGUAUUAUUCUAUCAUGGAUUAUUCUGUCCAGUACUAAUAUUUUGCGUAUCAAACUAGCCCUUGCCCUUGUAUGAAAAUAGUUGCAAGUGCAUGAAAUGUGAGUGUUGCUAAGGUUGUAUUGUUUGGCGUUUGUUUCACGGAUGAUAAAUUUAUGCCUUGGAAUAAUGUUUCCAGGAAUUGAUAA